AUGGGAAAAGUUACUGUUAGUUGUUUUCCAUACUUAAGGUAGGUCAGUGACAUUGCUAAGGGUAAGAAAUCUCGGAAAUACUUCAGCCAAUGUUGUUGUUUGCCUACAUGCAGCAGCAGUGCCGUAUUUCUUCAGUAAGCUUAUGUUGAUAUUAAUUUGUUUGAACAGCUGUCGAUGGAGAUUUUUGUGCGCAGUCUUUUAUUGUAUUUCAGCAAAGUAUGAAAUACAUUCUUUAUAAUAAUGUAAAACUAAAAAAUCCUGUGAAGGUCGUGUCCAAAAACAAAGUUAUUUUGCAACCCUUCGUUGUAUGCAUGAAAAUACUCCCCCGCAAACAUUCUUCUCUUGUAUUCGUGAAAUCUUUGAUGGUCAGGUUACAAUUUGGAGAGCAUGAUUUUGAAGUGGCUCAGUGCUCUUUCUCUAUGCAGAUACAGUAAAUCGUUAUAAAAUCAGUUACUGAUCACAUCUUGACAUUCUACUGUUUUUGCAUAACAUUCUACUGAUCUGUCAAGAUCCAGCAGGUUACUUUAUAGCAACAGGCAUGCAGUGGCCUGUGGAAAGUGAAAGCACGCUCUUGGCAGCGUAUAAGGUGAAUCAAAGUGCACAUGAGCCACUAAAUUAAGAGAGUGACCAAAGUCCUCAUGUCACCAGAUAUACUGUAAAAUUAAUGAUCUUAUAGACGCCUGGGGUUUCUUUUUGAUUUUAGGAGCCCAAGUGGGGCCAUUUAAUAGAUAGGGAGCAUUUAAAAGAGAGAGCAAUUUUAUUCUCAUACUCCACAAAGCUAAUAUGCUUUUGGCAAAUAUUAUCAUCACAGUUAAUAAAUACUAUUCAGUUCAUCCUUUGAGAUGUCUGGGCAGUUUAGAAAUCCUUAUUUUUUUAAAGCUCAACUUUGAUGUCAGAAUCUUUACUUAAAACCUGACAUUGAACAAGGUAAUAUGGGCAAACUCUUGUUAAUCAAGCAGGAAGUUGAAUAAAUUAAAUUAUUUUGCUCUAUUUCAUUAUUUCUCAGUAUUUUAGAGCAAUUUUGUCAUGUGAGGCAUCUAGUAGACAGGAGGGUUUUUUUAGAGAAGGAUAACUAAUACAAGUGUACUAUGUAUUUAUUUGAGACAGAGUACUUAUCAGGUGAGGCCUUAAAGCUUCCAGGAAGAAUGCCUAGAUCAGGCCCAGUUUUAGCAGCUCUCAGACAUUGAUCUUCUCGUACAUGAUUGCACUAAAACUGGGCCUGCAACGAAACCUCACAUGCCUGUGCUGCUGUGACCAAAUUCUGAUUGCAUGUCCAUGGUGUAGUUUUUGGGACUAUGAAGAGGUUGUUAGCUAACAAGGAAUAUUUUUAUCCAUCUAGGUUUACCAGGCAUGAUGUGAUCGCUCUGUGCCUUGCAAUUUUCAUUCCAGUGACUGCUAUAGUACUUACUUUGGUCGCAGUUCUGCCGGCAUUAGGAGCACCUCCCUUGCCUAACUUUGAGGACCCCAUUAAGGUAUUUUAGUUACUGAUACAGUAUAAAUUAUAAUUGUAGGAGUGAUUGCAAAGAAGCCUCAAGUGAUUUCUGUUUUACUGCAAGGUCGACCUCCUCCUUUUUGCCUUCUAUUUGCUUGUGAAAUGUUUUAUUAUACACCGUAUUCACAAAUGGCGGACAUGCGGGAAAAAACUGGUGCCUAGUCAUGAAAGCGAGGCGUUGGAGGGUAAACAAAAAUUGCAAAUGAAGACUUUCAGUGAACUUGCAGAGUGUUUAGCAUGGAUUCCACCUAAAAUAACGUUGUAUGGACGUCUUUUUAAAUACAAUGACGUGGGAUGUCUUCUGCUUUUAAUGUUUAGUAUUGAUUUGCUGUUUGCAAUCAAAAGGGACGCGUAUAUCUUCAAGGAAACAGGAUGAUUUUGUAGGUUUCCGAAGCAUCAGAAGCUCGACAAGUCAGCGAUGGCUGGAGAAAAGCGGCAAACAUGUUGGCCCAAACUUCACAUUGAAACCGAGUUCGAAAGCCAGCUCAGUGCAAUUCUGUAAAACAGAAGUAAAAACAGAUAUAGGUGGCAAGAAAAAAAGAAAUAAGCGACGGAUAUAUGGCCUACUUGUCAACGGAAGAGACCUCCGCCAUUACUCACCUACUAGUUUUUUCCCGCGUGUCCGCCAUUUGUGAAUACGGUGUAUAAAUAGAAAAUAUAAACUUACUCUUUGUUCCCUGGUACUAUCUUAAAAUACUUUAGUUGUUUAAGUUAAAACAAACUUGAGGACCUUCACUAGUUUUUAAAAAGCUUAAAAAAACACAAACAUUCAUUUUCCCAGUCACACAGACCUAAAGGUAUCAGAAAUCAGUAAUUGAGGGCCUCUGUGCAAAAAUUCCUCCCCAAUAAUAAAACUCUCUCUAAGACAGACACCGUUAGAAUCAGCCCUAGAAAGAUGUCCGUCUUAUAGAGAGUCAAAUAAUGGGAGUAAAUUAAGGCAGGGACCGUUUCUAGAUGUCUGUUUUAUAGAGAUGUAUGUCUUUUAGAGGUGUCUGUCAUCAUGAGAGCAUUGACUGGGUGUAUGCUAGGGACUAGCCUUAAGUGUCUGUCUUGGAGAGAGUCAAAAAAAGGGACUCAAUUAAAGCAGGGACCAACUCUAGGUGUCCGUAUAGAGAUGUACCGGUAUGUCUUAUAGAGGUGUCCAUUAUGAGAGAGUUGACUAAGUGCAUGCUUGGUAUUGGCCCUAAUUGUCUGUCUUAGAGCGCUUUCCAUUUGUCAGAACUGACCGGCCGGACAAUUAACUGACCAGUCAGUUAGCAAAUGAAAUCAUCUUUUUCUCUUGUGCAUACUUUUUGGGACUUGACUGAUUGGGCUGAAUAGUUUUGAUUAAAAGUGAAAUUCUCAUUAAGACGGGAACGGUCUGGCCGGUCAGUUCUGACAAAUGGAAAGCGCCCUUAGAGAGAGUCAAAUAAAAGGAGUAAAGAAAGACUGAAGGUACCAACUCUAGUUGUCUGUUCUGUAGAGGUGUCCAUUAAGAGAGUGCCAACUGUAUGCUGGAAAGUAUGAAAUUAAAGGAUUUAUGGGAAGUAAUUCAAAUGUCACAUGACUUCAUCUUUGUUUUUCAGUACAUUGCAAAAGUAACUGUUCUCUGUUUUCCAGGGAUUUGAGCCCAGAGGAACACCACUCAGUAAUGAGAUUGUGGCAUUUUCUAAUCUUAAGGAUGCUUUGUAUAGGACACUUCUUACAGAACUCAGUAAUACACACUCAGGUGGGGGAACAAACAUGCGUGACACUGUGGAUACAGUCAGGCGCAAACGACGCUCCCUGCAAAGUUCACUUCAACCUCCUUUGAGGAAAUACUUCAACAGGGAUGAUGCCAGAUCCAUGAGUUUGGUUUUCAAGGCUGUUGACCCAGGCAAAAACUUAUUUGAGGCAGACAAACUUAAGACCAUCUGUUCCAUGGAUACUGACAUUGUGCGAAAUAACCCAUCCUUUUUAUUAUAUUGCCAGGGGGACAGUACUGGAUGUUACUCAAGCUCAUCUCUUGGAAAUUAUGUUGCAUUGCUCAAUAACCGACGCUCGUGUCAAGAUAUUAUUGAGAAUGAUGUGCAAAAUGUCAAGAUGUUGUUACAGGACUGUUCAUCUUAUUUUGCAAAGCAAACUCUGACUGCUAAGUGCAAAUACCCAGAUUUGUCUGAAAAUGAAACUGUGAGCUCUAACUGUCCGUCUGUGCCUGCCAAAUGCAUCAAACACUCUGCAGUGUACAACAUUUUUCAAUAUCUUGUAGACAACGAGUUUAUUGUGACAUCGAACAAUGCUUUUCUCAAAUAUACUGUAUCUAUUCCACCAAUAUUUUGGAAAAAUGCAUUUUAUGAAGAAACGUAUAGCAAGUUAAAGGAUAAUACCCCUGAGAAAGGUGGUGUGAAAUUAGCGGCCUUCAGGUUUGGUAAUUUCAAAUAUGACAAAUUUGGCAAAGAGCUAAUUGCUGAAGUCAUAUUUCCUGCUUUGGCUAUGAUUGUUGUGUUUGCAAUCAUGUGGUUUUUCUUGGGCUCUUUCAUUCUCACUUUUUGUGCCCUCUUUUGCGUAAUUUAUGCUUGUGGUCUAUCAUACUUUCUCUAUAAUAUUGUUUUUGGCAUGGAUUUUUUCCCUUUUCUCAAUGUUCUGACUUUGGUAUUUUUGGUUGGUAUUGGAGCAGACGAUGCAUUUGUUUACUAUGACAUAUGGAGACAAACAAGAGCUGCUAACCCCAAUGCAAACAUCAUGCAGUUGACACUUAAGACAUUGCGUUAUUCUGCCCUCUCCAUGCUGGUUACAAGUUUGACAACAGCAUCAGCAUUUUUUGCUGGGAUCUCUUCCAGCAUAACAGCCAUCAAGUGUUUUGGAAUAUUUGCAGGUACGUCCAUCUUGACCAAUUACCUCUUGAUGAUCACUUACUUCCCUGCAGUAGUUGCCUUGCACGAGAAAUGGGUGAUGAAGUACAAUGAAGGCCAUGAACUUCACACUCUAAAAUCAGGCCAAUCAGAAGAGGGUAUAACUGCACCAAUGCCACAGGACAUGUCGACCGAUGCCUUAAGGGAAGGACCACUCAAACCUGAUAAUCAAAAGCAGUCAUCUUUCUGUAUUCUGCAGGUUUUUGACUUUCCCUGCUCCCUUGUAUCAUCAGCUGCGGGUGGUAUCCAAAAGUUCAGUUCCAAUCUGUUUGGUCGUUGGUUGCCAUAUGUAGUUAUCAAAUUUCACUGGGUUUGGGUAGUACUACUUGUGUGCUUGACCGCUGGGUUUUUGUGUGUUAACUUUGUAAAACCGGGCCUUCAGUUACCUGAAAGUAAGGACUUCCAAGUGUUUGCCUCUUCCCAUUCACUUGAACAGUACAGUUUAAAGUACAAGAGUUUCUUUAGGUUUGAGCAGAGUGGAAGCUCAAGCAUAGAGCUAAUCUGGGGAAUCAAACCUGCAGAUAAUGGCAAUUACUUCAACCCGGAUGACAAAGGAACGCUUGAAUUUGAAUCGAAUUGGGAUGAUAUUUUUACCCCCAAAGGCCAGCAAUUUCUUCUUUCUCUGUGUGAAUCGGCUAAAAACCAGUCAUUUUUCCGUGCAUUUGCUGGAAAUCGGGGGUGCCCAAUAAAGGCACUACAAACAUUAUUUGAAAGUGGCUAUGUUCCAAGUUGCAGCGACCAUUCAUUUCCUUACCCACGUGAUGUAAUUAAGCGUUGUCUUCGGGAAUAUGCGAAGUUAGGACAUGAAACUGGACUUCUAUUUGAUUCUAAGACAAAUGAUGUGAAGGGAUUUAGGCUUGUUAUUUUAACCAAUCAACCAUUCACAAACGCUUUUUCAGUUGUAGAUGGAGUCUAUAAACAAGUUACUUCUUGGUUGAAAGAUGAAUUGUCUGAGGCUCCCCCUGGCUUGCAAAGUGGCUGGGUAGGAAGUUGGUUGUUCAAUUUUUAUGGCCUACAGAUUGGCCUCUCACAGGGUACCUAUUCAUCCCUGGGCAUAUCUGUGGCGGUAUCAUUCUUCGUCAUGCUGCUCACAACACUCAACAUCUUCAUCAGCAUCUAUGCAAUCAUCACCAUCAUUGGAAUCAUAUCGAUCACCAUUGGAUCUCUAGUAUUGGCAGGCUGGCAGUUGAAUAUAUUGGAGUCCAUUGUGAUGUCAGUAGCUGUUGGACUGUCGAUUGACUUUACUAUGCAUUAUGGUGUGGCUUACAGACUGGCACCAGACAAAAACCAAAGAGAAAGCAGGGUACGUUAUUCCCUGGUUCACAUUGGAUCAGCGAUUACUAUGGCAGCACUUACAACAUUUCUCACAGGUGAGACUUUCUGUUCUUGUUUUCUCUGGUUAGUACAUAAACUAAAACUAGAGUAAAUCGUUGAUUACGGAUCGGGUUCGUCACUUGCGGAAACGAAAUCGAGUCGAAAGGAGUCCACUUUCCCGGCCGAGAUGCCCCUGAUAAAAUCAGUAGGGGCGGCUAAUCGGCGGUCGCCCGUGAUAUCUCGAAAAUUUGUGGCUGUGUACCACAGGAACACCAAGAUUAGGAUGCGUUCUGACGAACGCGAUUAGCCUGCUAAUACAGCCAUCUCUCAUCGCUUCCCGUCGUUUGGAAAAUUUCGCGAUAGAGACUUUUUUUUGCGUCUUGACGCCAGUCUUGAUAUUUGUGUCGAGAUAACACACUUCAGUAGAUGAUGUGGAUGUGUGCUUAAGUUCCAAUUCUGACGGGUAAAUUACGCUGAUGCAAUUUCCAAAGUUCAGAUUGUUAAUACUGAAUAAGUCGUCGAUGUAUCGAAAGGUGUUGCUGAACUGGAUGGCUUUGGUAAUGUCUUGUUUCAUUGUUUUGACCAUAAAAUCGUACUGAAAGGUAUGCAGGAAGAGAUCAGCCAAUAAAGGUGCACUGUUGGUGCCCAUAGGUAUACCAAUAACCUGCCGGAAAACCGAGCUUCCAAAACGAACGUAGAUUUUAUCGAUAAGAAAGUCAAUAGCGUGACCAAGCUCGCAAUAACUGUUGAAUAAUAAAUAACUGGAAGAGUAUACGAUGUUGUGCGAUGAACGUAUUUCCAGUAAAUACUCGGGAGAGUAUAAUUGCCACACCAACAAUCAGAGAUCCUGACUAAUCGACUGUAUUCACGGACUAUAAACAGCUAACACAUAUACUAGCCUGCGUGGCAAGCGUUUUAAGUGUGAAAGGAAAAAGGGGAAAUUAAGGAGCUUAAGCAAUAACGACGGCGACAGCUACGAAAACGUCACCUAAAAAGUGUGUUCGCGCUGCUUUAGACUUUAUCGUGCGUAUUCCAUCUCGUUCUGUUCAUCAGAUGUUGGUGAGGAAAGAGCGUCCGGCGUUGUCAUAUAUUCACUUCCUCCACAAAAAGUGAAAUUAGGCAGUUUCUCGUUGUAAUCGUGCAACAACGGCAAAGAAAUGUGCAAAAAAGCGUGAUGCACGUGCAAAGUUGUUGUUUUGCCAAUCUAACCCUAUUGCUUUUUUUUCGUCCUCAAUGUCGUCGCCGUCCUCGUUGUUUAAACUGCCUAAUAAGGCGUGCUAGAAAGGUUGCCUUCCUUUUGCUUCCCUUUCGCGCUCUUCAUAAGCUCUCGCUCGUUAGCUCAAUUCUCCCUUUUUUACUUAAGGAUGUUUUUCUUUACUUUAUCAGGAUUGAUGAUGAUGCCAGCGAAGGUGCUUGCGUACUUCCAGCUUGGUCAGUUCCUGAUGUUGGUCAUGGUGUUUAGCUGGCUUUAUUCCACCUUCAUUUUCUUAUCAAUCUGUACAAUGAUUGGUCCAAAGAAUGAUUUUGGACAGCUUAACGUCACUCGUCUGUUUAGGCGCUGUGGUCUUUGCCGAGUCAAACCGGAGGAGUCAACGGAACCAAUAGAAAAGAAUGAGCUUGUUACUGUGAAACAACAAGAAGCCAUUGAUCUGCAGGCUACUGGAACAACAAGCACACUCUGAACUGCAUCAGUGGGAGAUCUAGGGGAGGGGUCCCAGGAAAAAAUGAUUUUUUUAGACCCCACCCCCUGACUCUAAUAUUAGGGUCUGGAUGAGCAGGAGGCCUCACUUAGUUAAAGAACUUAAUCGCCACUGUGCGUGUCUUAUUAGAAUCUGCAUUAAGUACUUAUUUGUUUGUGUAUAUUUUCUUGAGAAUAUAAAAAAAUCUUCGAGAACGAUUUUAGUUUAACAGACUAUUCACGGCAUCUCUGUUUUCUUAACGUAAACUGGAAGUAGCGUUAUUGCAUUGACACGUGCGCUGAGCCAACAUACACGUGUUCAGUUCGCGCGUUCAUCAAAUAAGAAUAAGAGAAAACCGAGUGUUGUAAACAGUCUUUUUUUAUAGGGCCGAAAAAUGGUCAAGUGUCAAUGUAGCCACCCUCAAUCACAACGCGUGUAUGUAGAUAAUCAUUUGAACCCAUCAGAUUAAGCGAGCCACUCGUCGAUGGUUUUGGUUUUACCUCUUGAUGUUAAAGAGAAUUUUAAGCAAAUCAAAAGAGCUGGGUAAAGCAAGCAGUUGUAAAAUUGCUUCAGAAACUGUAGUUGCACAUAUACAUAUGUAAUAUAGGUGUCAAAACUUGGUGACGGUCCCUGUGUUGUUCUACAAAAACUAUGCUAGCUGUAUAUAUGACAAAUGUGUGAUGCGAGCAAGCUUUCCAUUUGGGGGAUAACGCGAGAAGUCACAUGGGAGUGGCACACUAAUAGAGAGGCAAGAGCGAGAGGCAGGAAAAGCUCGAAGCUCGCUCGCUAUAGCUACUCGAAAUAGAAGGUUUGCUUGCCGGCCAAAUUGUUUUAUAGCUCCACUAGGAAAGGAUAUAUCAACUAAGGAGAUAUUCCUAAAUAGAUUAUAUUGGCCAAAACUUUUCAUUAUGCAUAUUCCGUGGUAUUUCUUAUGUUAUAUCUAGUCAAAAGCUAUUUAAUAGCUUUUUUUAAGUUAUAGCAACUUUACCUCAUAUAAAUAUAUUAUUAUAUUAUAUUUAUAGUUCCAAAAUACGGUAGCUUGAGUUUGAUCGUCCGGAUAAACGUAGUCGUGAAUAGGACUGUUAAUGUUGACAGUGACUGACGUUUCGACAACCUGUGCGGUAGUCAUCUUCUUAUUUCAUGGUUUUCAAUUUAACCUUGAUGCGAGUUAUCGGUAAACUUUUUGCUGUUGAUUAUAUCCUUUAAUAUCCUAUAAAAAAUAAAAUUGUUAAAAUAGACAAG